CUUGACCCUACCGAAGCGGCGGGUGGGCUCUGCUUCUCAGCUGCCCCAGGGGCCCCUCGCUAGCGAAGAGCCGGUUCCCGGGAGUCGCGCGCGCACCUACUUCUCGUCGUCGUCUUCCCGGGGCUAGGCGCGGGGACAGAGAGUCGCCUCCCCCGCUCCUCGGAGCGGUGGCGGCGGUAUCGCCUUCGGACUGUGCUUGCGACAGGAGCUCGGGAAGGAGUAGUACAAAAUGUCAAAAAUUAGAAGGAAGGUCACAGUGGAAAAUACCAAGACCAUAUCUGAUAGCACAUCCCGAAGACCCAGUGUGUUUGAGAGGCUUGGACCCAGCACUGGCAGUACAGCAGAGACACAGUGCCGUAACUGGCUGAAGACUGGCAACUGCCUCUAUGGAAACACAUGUAGAUUCGUACAUGGCCCUUCACCCCGUGGUAAAGGUUAUAGCAGCAAUUAUAGAAGGUCACCAGAGAGGCCUACAGGGGAUCUUAGAGAAAGAAUGAAGAACAAGCGCCAAGAUGUGGACGCUGAGUCCCAGAAACGAAAUACAGAGGACUCAUCCUCACCUGUUAGGAAAGAAUCUUCAAGAGGGAGACAUAGGGAAAAGGAAGACAUAAAAAUCACUAAGGAGAGAACUCCAGAAAGUGAAGAAGAAAAUGUAGAAUGGGAAACUAACAGAGAUGAUUCUGACAAUGGAGAUAUUAAUUAUGAUUAUGUUCAUGAGUUGUCAUUGGAAAUGAAGCGUCAGAAGAUACAGAGGGAAUUAAUGAAGCUGGAACAAGAAAACAUGGACAAGAGAGAAGAAAUUAUUAUUAAAAAAGAGGUUUCACCAGAAGUAAUUAGAUCAAAAUUAUCUCCAUCACCUUCUCUAAGAAAAUCAAGCAAAUCUCCAAAGCGAAAAUCAAGCCCUAAGUCAUCAUCUUCAGCAAGCAAGAAAGACAGGAAGACAGCUGCUGUAUCCUCACCCUUAUUGGACCAGCAGAGGAAUUCAAAAGGCAACCAGAGUAAAAAGAAAGGACCUCGAACUCCUAGUCCACCUCCUCCUAUACAGGAAGAUAUUGUUCUGGGGAAAAAAUAUAAAGAAAAGUAUAAAGUAAAAGACAGAAUAGAAGAAAAACCAAGAGAUGGAAAAGAUAGAGGACGAGAUUUUGAAAGACAAAGAGAAAAAAGAGACAAGCCAAGGUCUACUUCCCCAGUAGGACAGCAUCACUCUCCUAUAUCUUCUAGACAUCACUCAUCUUCCUCACAAUCAGGAUCAUCUAUUCAAAGACAUUCUCCUUCUCCUCGUCGAAAAAGAUCUCCUUCACCAUCUUAUCAGAGGACAAUAACUCCACCUUUACGACGCUCUGCGUCUCCUUAUCCUUCACAUUCUCUGUCUUCUCCUCAGAGAAAGCAGAGUCCCCCAAGACAUCGCUCUCCGAUGCGAGAGAAAGGGAGGCAUGACCAUGAACGAACUUCACAGUCUCAUGAUCGGCGUCAUGAAAGAAGAGAAGAGACAAGAAGCAAAAGGGAUAGAGAAAAGGACACAAGAGAAGAACGAGAGUAUGAACAAGAUCAGAGCUCUUCUAGAGACCACAGAGAUGACAGAGAACCUCGAGAUGGUCGGGAUCGAAGAGAUGCCAGAGAUACUAGAGACCGACGGGAACUAAGGGACUCCAGAGACAUUCGGGACUCCAGGGAGAUGAGAGAUUAUAGCAGAGAUAACAAAGAGAGCCGUGACCCCAGAGAUUCUCGGUCUGCUCGUGAUACCCAUGACUACAGGGACCGUGAAAGUCGAGAUACUCAUCGAAAGGAGGAUGCCUAUCAAGAAGAAUCCCGAAGUUAUGGCAGAAACCAUUUGAGAGAAGAAAGUUCUCGAACUGAAAUAAGGAAUGAUGCGAGAAAUGAGUCUCGAAGUGAAAUUAGGAAUGACCGGAUGGGCAGAAGUAGGGGGAGAGGUCCAGAAUUACCUGAAAAGGGAAGUCGAGGCACAAGAGGUUCUCAAAUUGAUAGUCACAGUAGUAGUAGCAACUAUCAUGACAGCUGGGAAACUCGGAGUAGCUAUCCUGAAAGAGACAGAUAUCCUGAAAGAGACAACAGAGACCAAGCAAGGGAUUCUUCCUUUGAGAGAAGACAUGGAGAGAGAGACCGUCGCGACAACAGAGAGAGAGCUCCUAUGUUCUACACCUCCUGCUGCCCCUAUCCUUUGCCACCAGUGUUCUCAGGUCCUGCUGGGGGGACAGAGAAGAUCAGAGAUCAAAGACCAAGCUCACCAAUUCGACAUCAGGGAAGGAAUGACGAGCUUGAGCGUGAUGAAAGAAGAGAGGAACGAAGAGUAGACAGAGUGGAGGAUAGAAGAGAUGAAAGGGCCAGAGAAAGAGAGAGGGAGCGAGAGCGAGACAGAGAACGGGAGAGGGAGAGGGAGCGUGAGCGGGAUCGGGAAAGAGAGAAGGAGAGAGAGCUGGAAAGAGAGCGUGCUAGGGAGCGGGAGAGAGAAAGAGAAAAGGAGAGGGACCGUGAAAGAGAGCGAGAUCGUGACCAUGAUCGAGACAGGGAGAGAGAAAGGGAGCGAGAUAGGGAAAAAGAGCGGGAGCGAGAGAGAGAAGAACGGGAGAGAGAGAGAGAGCGAGAGCGGGAGAGGGAACGAGAGCGAGAGCGGGAACGAGAGAGAGCAAGAGAAAGGGAUAAAGAACGAGAGCGUCAGAGGGAUUGGGAAGACAAAGAUAAAGGACGAGAUGACCGCCGAGAAAAGCGAGAAGAUACCAGAGAAGACAGGAAUCCCAGAGAUGGACACGAAGAGAGAAAGUCAAAGAAACGUUAUAGAAAUGAAGGAAGUCCUAGCCCUCGUCAAUCACCUAAGCGCCGGCGAGAGCAUUCUCCCGACAGUGAUGCGUACAACAGUGGAGAUGAUAAAAAUGAAAAACAUAGACUCUUGAGCCAGGUUGUACGACCUCAAGAGUCUCGUUCUCUCAGUCCAUCACACCUUACAGAAGACAGGCAGGGUAGAUGGAAAGAGGAAGAUCGUAAACUAGAAAGAAAAGAGAGUUCAAGGCGCUAUGAAGAGCAAGAGCUCAAAGAGAAAGUUUCUUCUGUAGAUAAGCAAAGAGAACAGACAGAAAUUAUGGAAAGUUCAAGAACUCGUGCACAAGACAUGAUGGGACACCACCUAUCUGAUGAUCGAGACAUACCUGAUCGAGCUCAUGAUGAGAACAAGAAAAAAGCAAAAAUUCAAAAGAAACCUAUUAAGAAAAAGAAAGAGGAUGAUGUUGGGAUAGAGAGGGGUAACGCAGAGACAGCAUCUGAAGAUGGUCAGGUAUUUUCACCAAAAAAAGGACAGAAGAAGAAAAGUAUUGAAAAAAAACGUAAAAAAUCCAAAGGCGAUUCUGAUAUUUCUGAUGAAGAAGCAGUACUGCAGAAUAAGAAGAAGAGAGGCCCACGGACUCCCCCUAUAACAACCAGAGAGGAACUGGUGGAAAUUUCCAAUGGUAAGGAUGGCAGUCUAGAGGAUUCUCAGAAAAAAGAAGAUACGGCAUUCAGUGACUGGUCUGAUGAGGAUGUACCUGACCGUGCCGAAGGGGCAGAACCGGAGCACGCUGCCAGGGCUCCUACUCCUGGAAGGACGCCUUCUCCGUCUUCUCUUCCUCCUCCUCCUCCUCCUGUAGCCACUGCGGCCAGUACCAUUGCCCCUGCUACUCUCUCCGCAUCUGCUGCCACCACCUUCAGCGCAUCCGCCACCGCUAUUGCCGCCUCUGCCACACCCAGUACCGCCAACGAAGACUCACAUAGAAAAUGCCAUAGAACACGAGCAGAAAAAGUAGAGGCACCUCACGUCACUAUAGAAGAUGCGCCACAUCGCAAGCCAGUGGAUCAGAAGAGGAGUAGCAGCCUUGGGAGCAAUCGGAGUAAUCGUAGUCAUACGUCUAGUCGUCUCCGUUCCCCAUCCAAUGAUUCUGCCCAUCGAAGUGGAGAUGACCAGAGUGGUCGAAAGAGAGUACUGCAUAGUGGCUCAAGAGAUAGAGAGAAAACAAAAAGUCUGGAAAUCACAGGAGAGAGAAAAUCUAGGAUUGAUCAGUUAAAGCGUGGAGAACCCAGUCGAAGUACUUCUUCAGAUCGCCAGGACUCAAGGAGCCAUAGUUCGAGAAGAAGUUCUCCUGAAUCGGAUCGACAGGUCCAUUCAAGAUCCGGGUCGUUUGAUAGCAGAGAUAGGCUUCAAGAACGUGAUCGGUAUGAGCAUGAUAGAGAGCGGGAAAGAGAGAGGAGAGAUACAAGACAGAGAGAAUGGGACCGAGAUGCUGAUAAAGAUUGGCCACGGAACAGGGAUCGAGAUAGAUUGCGGGAACGAGAGAGAGAGCGAGACAAAAGGAGAGAUUUGGACAGGGAAAGAGAGAGACUAAUUCCUGAUUCUGUGGAAAGGGACAGGGACAGAGACAGAGACAGAACUUUUGAGAGUUCUUCCCAAAUAGAGUCUGUUAAACGCAGUGAAGUAAAACUGGAAAGUGAACAUGAAAGAGACCUAGAAGGCACUUCGCGAGAUUCUCUUGCUUCGGAUAAGGAAAAAAUGGAUAAAGAUCUAGGAUCUGUGCAGGGAUUUGAAGAUAUAAACAAAGCUGAGAGAACUGAGAGUGUGGAAGCAGGAGAUGACGAAUCCAAGUUAGAUGAUGCACAUUCAUUAGGAUCUGGUGCUGGAGAAGGAUAUGAGCCAAUCAGCGAUGAUGAGCUAGAUGAAAUUCUGGCAGGUGAUGCUGAAAAGAGGGAAGACCAACAGGAUGAGGAGAAGAUGCCAGAUCCAUUAGAUGUGAUAGAUGUGGAUUGGUCUGGUCUUAUGCCAAAGCAUCCAAAAGAACCACGAGAGCCUGGGGCUGCAUUGUUAAAAUUCACACCUGCAGCUGUUAUGCUAAGAGUUGGGAUUUCUAAGAAGUUGGCAGGUUCUGAACUCUUCACCAAAGUCAAAGAAACAUGUCAGAGACUUUUAGAAAAACCCAAAGAUGCAGACAGUCUUUUUGAACAUGAAUUGGGGGCUCUCAACAUGGCUGCAUUACUACGAAAAGAAGAGCGAGCAAGUCUCCUUAGUAAUCUUGGACCAUGUUGUAAAGCGUUAUGCUUCAGACGGGAUUCAGCAAUCAGGAAGCAGCUUGUUAAAAAUGAGAAGGGCACUGUAAAACAAGCGUACACGGGCGCUCCAGUGGUAGACAGUGACUUGCUGCGAUUGAGCCUUCGGCUGUUUAAAAAGAAGACCACCUGUCUUGCCCCAGGACAUGAGAAGGCGGAGGAUAAUAAACUCCCACAGUCCAACGUCCAGCAGGAACUGUGUGUGUCUUAAGACCGAAUUCCAGUGACAUUUUUGGUACUGUGUUCCUUCAGGAUUGCCUCUUUUUUCGGAGUUCUUUGGUUUCACAGACAUCAUUCAGGACAAAGGCAGAAAAGAUUUAUCAGCCACGGUAAAAGGGGGAAGAAUAACUUUGAUCUAAAGUUUAAAGACACUAGUUUUGGCUAACUUAAGAUUUUACAUAAAUUUUUACACAGUACUUGAUACUCAUGCAAAAUAAUGUGCAAACAUCUAGAUUUAGCAGUUAUUCUCUACCUUUUGUUAAAACUGAAGAUUUUGGAAAAUGGUUGCCACUGUUCUUGCAGCCUCUGAAUAUUUUUUAUGAAAUGGACCUGCUGACUUAUGUUUUGGAUCAUCCUUACAGAAACCGAUUUUAUUCAGAAUCAGUGUGUUCACAUAAUGAAUGCACACACUGCAAUUUUGUGCUGUACAGAACUCUUGAAAGAGGAUGCUGGUCGCGCAUGCUGUGUUUGUGGGCAUACCUCCAGCAGGAGGGAGCUGAAGUACUUUUUUCCUUUCUAAAGUUCUUAAAAAAAAAACAAAAAUUACUAAUGGGUCUUUUUUUUUUUUAAAUAUAUGUGCAUUGUUACAAUGUAUAUUAGACGUGUUUGGAUUCUUGGUUUUGUUUGUUGUCAGAGACUGCCUGCUAUUUUUACUUUUAAUAAAUGUACCUUUCCUUUCCUUGUUCUAGAUUCACUUUGCUCUUUAUUGAUCUUAUUCCUGAUGUUCUGAAGCAUUUGUCAUCAAAAUUACGUUUCAUACUUCAAAUAUUUUACUGCUCAAUAAGGCAACAGAAGUUGAGGCAUAUACUUCAAAUACAGCUCUGUAAUACUUGAAACAAACCCGGAGUUAACAGACCUUUGUCAUCUGAGCUUUAAAAUCCAUUACCAUCAUCUUAUUCAGAGCUAUACCCUUUGACUACAUUGAACUGUCUAGUCUAUAAAUUUAAAAUUACUUCAUUUUUUUAAAUUAGAAUAUUUGUUUUUAUUCUGUGUGUAUAUAUGUAACUCAUGAAGCAGACUCUUCGAAGGAUUUGAAAAGGAAUCCAAGCUGUAGAAUUUGUGGGCAGACAGUGGUCAUAAUAAAGGAAACCAAUCAAAAAAAUUUUUUUCCAUUGGCUCUCACAGUUUUUUUUGUUAAAAUUGUAAUCCUGUGUUACCUGUGUCAAUAAUUUUGUAUCCUCUAAAGGUAACAAUGGUACCGAUGUAAAAUUUCUGUUCAUUCACAGUCUCCUUAAUUUAUAUCAGAUAACAGACCCAGCAAAGAAAAUGAUCUUAUUUUCAGAUGACUUUGAAAGUGUGUAUGAGAAAAUGGCAGGCAGGGGGCAGGAGGCAGGGAGGAAUGUAACCAGAAUUUU